UAACCUCCGUGUAUUAAACACCAUGGCAAAUCAUGAUUAGCGCUAUACAACUUCGUUUCAAGAAUCUUAAAUUAAUGAGUUUUUACAAGAUUCACGCGUCGUUUGGUAUUUCAUCUGGAAGUCAUCAAGUCUGGUUUUCGGCAUCAAAAUGCAGACGUCAAUAGAAAAUGUUAUCAAUAAUGACUUUAUGUUAGCUGGAUGACUUCUUCAUUUAGUAUGUGCAUUAUUUAUUCUUUGCAAUCAAAUCAGCUUGUUGCUGAUAUUUAAAAUCGAGAGAAACAUGGUGCGAUCAAAUACUCGGAAACACGAAUGAAAAUUCAUUUCAUACUAGUUCCAACACUAGAAUACAUAACCGUGCUUAGAAAGAUCUGCAGUUAGUUGAGAGCUGCCAGCAGUGUAGGACAACUCUUUUCUAUCAAGGAUGUAAAAGAAAAUUAUAGUUUCUGCAAAAAGUAGUCCUAAUUCUGUGUUUUAUAAAUUAAUUUACAAUUGAUUGCGAAAUCUUACUGGGAAUGUGCAAAAUAGAUAUCUCGGUCAUAGUUCUCUUAUUUCGUUAGUUCAUUUACAAUAUUUAACUUAAGAGGAUGGAGCCUGAUAUACCUACAAUCGGCGCUGUAAGGAACAUUUAAUAGACACAUAAUAAGUAACGUGGAAAAAUUAUAAAAAACUAGGAUCCGUGUGGUUUCUUGUCUAACGAGCACAGCACAUAUUGUAUAACGUCUUUGUAGAAUCAGAAGGCAACACGCAUGAGAAUGUUAGCAUAACGCACCAAGGAAUUUGUAGCUGACUUUGAAAUCGAAGAUAAAUACAUAACUACUUAUUUAUAGUUUAGGAAAAAAGAAAGAAAGCAUGAAAAUAUUAUUUUACGUUAAUAUUUGACCAUUUGUCAUAGCAUGCGAUUGAACUUAUAUAAAAACUUUCAGAAAUAUUGAAAUCCGUGCAGAGAAUAGUGAACGUGAUAAUGUGGAAGAAAAAUCGCCGUCUAAAACUAGAAGAGCAUUUUCACAAUAUUGCGCUGCUACGGGAUCUAGUUUCCUAAGUAUGUCCAUGGGAAUAAGCAUUGGAUUCUCCACGAUAUUGAUUCCCGAAUUAUAUAAAGAAAAUGCAGAAAUAGUGGUGACAAUCGGGGAGUUGACGUGGAUCGGUAGUAUAAACUACAUCGCAGUGACCAUCGGGGCGAUUUUUAGCGGUUUCAUCGCCGAAUGGCUGGGUAGACGCACGACGAUCAUGAUCUUGACAUUGUCUUACACAGUUGCCUGGACGAUACUGUACUAUACCAAAGAAAUAAAAAUGCUCUUCGUUGCAUUAACCAUGUCAGGCCUGACAGGUGGCUUCGCUGAAUCCCCUCUUCAAACUUACGCAGCCGAAAUAAGCGAGCCUUCGUUGCGUGGCGGCCUGUCAACUACUGUUUCAAUGACAUUAACCAUCGGCGUUUUUUUGCAGUUUUUGAUUGGCAGUUAUGUUUACUGGCGCACACUUGUACUCAUUAAUCUUGUCUUUCCAGCUGUUUGCUUUCUGGCAAUGUGCUUUAUACCUGAAAGCCCUCAUUGGCUAGCUAGUAGAAGUCGCUUUAAUGAAUGUAAGCGCUCAUUAAUUUGGUUGAGAGGUUGGACUGAUUCGACUGACGUGCAACGAGAAUAUGAAUCACUUUUUCAAUUGCAUCACAAAACAACCAUCACUCGCCAACGAUCUCGAAUUCAAAAUAUCAAACAAAUGGUCAGAGUCUAUUUACAAAAAAAAGUCUAUUUACCGUUUAUGAUGGUUUCUUUCACAUUUUUUGUCAGUUGCUUUAACGGAUCAGCACCUAUAUUGACCUAUGCAGUUUUGCUGUUUCAAAAAUUGGAUUCACCUGUAAAUGAGUACACAGCCACCAUGAUAUUAGGACUAUUAAAAGUCAUUGGUGGAAUAAUUACCAUCGUUCUCAUUCAUUACACAGGCAAACGAAAACUUACAUUUUAUUCCUUAAUUGGCGCUGGUUUAGCUCUUGGCAUUGUCACAAUUUAUUGUUUUCUUCAAAAUUACCAUGACAUUGAUGUAAAACAGUAUUCUUGGAUUCCUACAGUUAUGAUUCUAGUUUCAGUCUUUUCAUGCACGGUUGGAAUUAAAAAUAUACCGUGGAUUAUGUCCGGUGAGGUUUUUCCACAGAACAUACGUAGUAUCGCUAAUGGUUUAGUUAGUUCUACUUUCAAUAUUUAUUCGGCUAUGAUCAACAAAGUAUUCCUCUAUAUGGUUCAAAGCAUGACUUUGGCAGGCACUUUUUUAUUUUUUACAUUAAUUAAUUUUUUUGGUUUGAUAGUCCUGUACUUUAUACUUCCCGAGACUGAAGGGAGAACUCUUCAAGAAAUCGAACAACACUACGCGGGAGUUAGAAAUUUGAAAGAUCGUCCAAUAAUAAUUCGAAAUGGUACAAGUAAAUCAGAUUCUUAUUCAACCGUACCAUGUUCAAUCAAUUCUUAAAUCAUUAUCGUUAUAAGUCAGACGAUAUGAUAAUACAUUUCAUAAUUUUAUUUUCAUUGUAUAACCAAAUAUAAAUAAAUAUCAAGAUAGAAUAUUAUUACGUACCAAAAAUUGCGAAAGUCAUGUAAUUUUAUUUAUUGUAAUUAUUUGACUAUACAGUAACGGUCAAAAUUUUAGGGCACACUCAGUAGGUGGGCUUCACUAAAAAGAUUUUAUGCAUAUUUUAGUUUAAAAAGUUAUGUUUUGUAAAAUAAUGAAAAUCUAUCUAUUUCAUUAGUUUAGACACAAUAAAAAUUUUCUAUCAA